AUGUCACAGACUUCAUGCUUCAUGUUAUGUAGUUGACAGCUGAGUGUUCACGUUAUUGACUUUUUAAAAACUGGAUUUAAAAAAAUAUAUAAAUUAUAUAUAUUAUUUUAAUACAAUUAUUUUGAUGUUCCAGCUGUACUGAACUUUUUUUAACAAACAACACGUAUAUUUAUCGAAUUUCAUCAUGUCUACUAGAAGAGUGAAGAUGAAAGUUUCUGCCUCGUUGCCACCAAGAAGAAAAAAUCCCGAAACAGCUGAUACAAAUAAAAAGAAAAAAGAUCUUUCUGAUAGAAUUGCUAAAAGCCCUAAGACCCCUAAAUUAAGUACUGAAGACCAAGAAAUUUCACCGCAAGCACAAACUACCUCUGUUUCUAUAAUAGUAAGUAACAAAGCAACUCCUGCUAAAGUAGUACAGACGCCAAAAGAACAGGCAACGAUUGAACAAGCUAAUUUAAGUAAAAGUCCUCAAAAAGACAGCUCUUCAUUGGCAGUAAACGAAAAUUCCACAAAUUCUACUGAUAACGUUUUUGCAUCACCGCUUCUUAAGCUCCAAGGCUCAAAUAGUCCUAAACGAACAUUUGUAUCACCGAUCAUACCGUCACCAAAAAUUAAUAAAAACUCAGAUGUACAGAAACCACCUACUCCUCACAGAAAUAUCACACCCCCUAUAGUUCAAAGAAUUAAUGAAAAUAGCACACCACAUAUUGCGAAAAGUAUAUCAACGCCAAAAAUAAAUAAAAGCUUAGAUCAACAAAAUCCACCUAUUCCUCAGAGAAAUAUCCUAAACCCUGUAGCUCAAGAAAUGAAGGAAAAUAGUGUACCACAAAUUACAAAAAGUAUAUCAACACCAAAAGUUGAUGAGAGCUUAGAGCUACAGAAACCACUUACUCCUCAGAAAAAUAUCUCGACUUCUAUAGCUCAAAAAAUUCAUGAAAACAGUGAACUUCAAAUUACAGAAAAUAUUAUCAGCAACAUAAAGCAUAACAGUAGACUUAAAACGAGUCAUAGAGAAAAUGCUUGCUAUUUUCUAGACAAUUCUAUGAAUAUAACUGAAAAUUUAAACGAAGAGGCAAUGGAUGGAAUAGUACCACUUCAAUCAGCUAAAAGUUUACACAAGCCUAUAGACUUGUUGAAGAGUGAAAUAAUAUCAGAGAAUGCAGAAGUAUUGUUUGACCCUAUUGUACCUUUGCCAUCUCCAACGAAAGUGAGACACAAGUUACGACCAGCUCCAAGAUUAGGUCCUCAGAGGAGAAAUAGUAUUCAAGGAAGUGCAAGUGAGUCAGAAGAUGAAAGUCGUCGGAAUCUUGCGUCAAGUUCGUCACGGCAACGACACGAUUCAAGUACAUCACAUAACACUCACCAAUCUGUACCAAACAGGGAAGUUAGUCGUGUCAGAAAUGAUUCUGUUUGCUCAAGUGUUAGCCAGGUGACUGCACAGCUGCCUCCAACAGGGUCACCACUUAAGGACAAGCAAAAUAAAACAAAACGCCAAGAGGUGAGCCGCCGAAUGGCAACAAUGAGGAGGCGACGUGAAAACAUAAAACGUGAUACCCUCACAAUGUACGACCUUAUCUUCUACAACCCUACUACAAAUCCUAUUGUGCCAAAUGAAGAUGAAAUAAAAAUACAGGAAGCAAAUGCAAGAGAGGAAUUAGAGAGGAGUAAAACGGAAGAUGUUGUUGUUGAACCUGAACCAUCGCAAGAAACUAUGGCCCCAGCGCCUCAGAUUAAAUUAGGACCACAGGGCGAAAUAAUACUUGAUGAAGAAAGCUUGGUGAUAAAACAAACGGACAGCGGUCGCAAGAUAACGUCCGUGGUACAUGAGGGCGCGUGGAUAGGCGGGGGCGGGUUCAAGUACAAGAAGGUGACGCGCGCGGCGGAGUGGAGCGCGGCCGAGACCGUGCGCUUCUACCGCGCGCUCGCCGCCGUCGGGACCGACUUCACGCUCAUGGCGGCGCUGUUCCCCGACCGCGCCAGGAGGGAGCUCAAGCUGAAGUUUAAAAAAGAAGAGAAGCUAAACGGAGCUCAAGUAGACAAAGCAUUACAAGCUAAAGUACCCUGGGACUUGAUGAAACUGAAACAUGAGUUCAAAGAAGAACGAAUAGAGGCUAAAAAGCGAGCGGAAAAAGAACGGGAGAGGCUACAAGAAAAGAAGAAAGCAGAAAGAGAACGUUUGAAAGCUGCCCGCGAAAUGGGUGUGAGACAAAGUAAAGGAGCAAAGGCAUUGGAAUCGGCCAUGUUGCCGGGCAUGAGCACCAAUCACAGAGACGCCAUCACAGCAGAAGAUAUAAUCGAACGGGCAACACGUACUAAAGUUCAACGAAAACGGAAAUGUACUACUGAAACAUCGACAGCAGAGACUUCAACAUUAAAUCUAGCAACAUUAACACCCAUCAGUAAAGCAAAGGUUCAAAAUAAUCCAUCGGAAGUCGAUACACCGAAAAUGGCAACACCCAAUUUGCAAAUUAAAACGCCAGAUUUACUAAACGGCGUUCCUCAAAUACCAUCUAAUAUUGAAACUGGUUCUUUAGUCGUAUUAACUGUAAAUGAUCCUUCAUCUCCUGCAAAGAAAAUGUUACAAACGUACAUAGUCCACGGACCUGGUAAACUGACGCCGGUCGCUUUACCCACUGUUUUAUUGAAUUCUGUAGUCGGUUACAUGAAGAAGAAUACUCCAACUAGGACAUUUUCCCCGUCAUCACAAAUUAUGUCUCCAAGUAGUGUUACUAGCCACGAUAGUCGGACUAGUAGUACUCAAGGUGGUAUUUCAGUGUUGCCAGAUUCAACUAAACGUCAGAGGCAUAACUCCUUUACGAUAACACAGCUUUAAUUAGUUGAUAAGUUUAAGAUUUUAUUGUAAUUAAGUGUAUUUAUUGUCUCUAGACUGCUUAUUCGCCGAUAAUUACACUUAUUGCAAAAUGAAGUACCUUAUGUACCUAUUAUUAUAAUUAUGUACCUAAUAUAGUAUUCAUUAGAAAAUGCUUAUUAGAUUGUGAUAUCAUUUUGAAGUAAAUAUACUCGUUUAAAGGAUUAAUUCGGGCAAAGAAGGGA